GUUGAGUACGUAGUGUGAACCAUGAGCCGGGGCAACGGCAGCGGCAGCGGCGGCGGCGUGAGGAGCGCGAGGCUAGAGCUGCAGCUGAACCUGUCCCCGCCGGCCCCCGCUGGGAUGGAGGUGGACGGACACGACGACAGCGACUCGUCCUCCCCCAUCUCGUGCGUGUCCUCGGACGGCCGGAGCUCGAGCGGCAGCGGCAGCAGUCCGGCCGGCAAGUCGCCGAUGGUGAUCGGCGCCUGCACGCGGUGCCUGAUGUACUGCAUGGUGGCCAAGAAGGACUACCCCACCUGCAUCAACUGCAAGCAGCCCUGCCUCGUGGACCUCCUCCACGGCGAGGCCGGCGGCAGCGUCGACGACGACAAGAAGCGCGGCAAGCGCAAGUGAAGGAGAGAAAAAAGAUCCAUCGGCGCGGCGGUGUACUGUGUGUGCCCGCCCAGUGGAUGCUCACACGGACGAUUAGCUCAGGACUGACGGCGGCGCGGAUCUCGAAGCGCGGGGCGCUGGAGUGAUUGCCGUUGGAUCAUCCACUGGACAGGGUUGAUUUCUUCAUUAUCAGCAGGCUAAUAGUAGCUUAGCUUAUCUUCAGUUAUUAACUAGGUUGGGAUGUUUAGUAGGUGGUGCCUGGUUCUCUUGUUAUGGUAGUGGUUUCAGUUGUAAUCCCCAGUUUAGCUGAAGAAAUGCAAGUGAACUUUAAUUAAGCAAAUGCAGAAACACUCUUCUUCUUC